GUAAGUUGUAAGCCUCCCUUUCUGUUCUUGUUCUCUCUUUCCGGCCAGCCUUUUCAAAGGCCUCAUACACUCGUUCUUAUCCAUCUUCUCCAGUGCUGGACUUUCGUUUCAAGUGCCUCGAGGUCAAACAUAUAAAGCAUAAAGCAUGGUCGCUGCAAACCCUCUUUUUCGCGGUGGAUGGUCAUGGAAGAAAAAGCUUGCUGCAACGGUCCUCAAUGAUAUAUGGCCGGAGGUGUUAUUCUUUGCCGGAGUAGCGACGAUGGUCGCAACAGUCAACGUAUUCACCGAGAUCGUUUUCUUCUUCAAGCCUAGUUUGCUAGGCGUUCUCGGUACAGUCCUCGGUUUGGUUAUAUCUUUCCGAACGUCAUCAGCCUAUGAGCGCUAUCAAGAAGGCAGGAAGAUGUGGACCAAUAUCAUCACUUUCUCGAGGAACCUUGCUCAACUGAUCUGGCUCUAUGUUCCCACCGAUAGACCUCCAAAAGAAGGACAGAGGAAUUUGUCCCCAUUAGAAUGUACUAUCGAGAAGAAAACCAUGAUCAAUCUAAUCCAAGCGUUCGCAGUGUCUGUCAAGCACUAUCUCCGUGGCGAAAGCGGCGUCUACUAUCAGGAUCUCUACCCACUUAUCUGUUUCCUUCCGCGGUACACUGGCGGCAGCAGGACUGAAGCCGACAUGUUGCCGAUGUGGCAUGCGUCUGAAGAUGGCGAGCACCCCAUUAACCACGACCAUGAUCACCCACCGAGGCAGACUCAAAGCGCCCCUAGUUCACUCGACGGCAAGGCCGAAGACACGGAAUCCAAAGGAUUUUUCGGAUCAGUCUCAAAGAAGAAACGUAACUUCGAUCCCGAGCAGGUUCUUCCCACUGUUCACGUACAUCGUCCAUUGAAGCCCUCUCGUAAUCCUCCUCCAAGCACGGUUUAUGACUACAUCCCCUUCUUGAGGAUCUGGAAGGUCUUUACAAAGCCCUUCAGGACCAAGAAAGAGCACGUCGGCAUGAGGGCAUUGCUGAGAAGAAAGGAAAAGCCACAGCUCGGUGAUAGUAAUGUCCCAAUUGAGAUUUCGUUAUUCCUUCACAAUUACAUCAAUUUCGUGAUCAAGUCUGGCAUCGUCCAGCCCGCAGCAGCUUCUGCUCUAGUGAACACAAUGGGUACUUUCCAGGAUACGAUCUCCAACCUUGAGCGCAUUGGAAAUACCCCUCUUCCAUUUGCCUACCAGGCCCACUUGCGAAUGUCGCUCUGGCUCUACCUGUUCUUCCUUCCGUUCCAAAUCUACACCGACUUGAAAUGGUUGACGAUCCCUGCAACUGCAUUCGCUGCCUUCCUUUUCCUUGGAUUCCUCGAAAUCGGUCAGGAAAUUGAGAACCCCUUCAAUUACGACCUCAACGACCUGGAUCUCGACAGCUUCUGUCUCGCCAUCCAACGCGAACUUCACGAAAUCACUGCUCACACCUGCCCUGAUCCCGCAGACUUCAUCUUCAGCUCUUGGAAUCAACCGUUCGCUCCGGCUGACCGUCGUACUGCUGCGGACAUUCUCAGAACUGGCACGGACAGCUAUCUCCACCCGCAACAUUCGGGUAUUGAACCAGGAAUGGGUAGUUUGAGGAGAACACUGUUGCAAGGAUGGAAGGAUGUCGAUACGCAUACUAGGGAGUAAGAUGGGUUUCUCCCUCUUGGUUUUUUUUUUUUUAGCAAAAGGGUUUGGCGGAUAAAUGGGAAUGAAGGACUUUUUUUUGGUAAUAAAAGUAUAAAAGUUCAUGCUGAGGGCAUGACUGCAUUCGUGAGGAUAUCGUAUAUAUUCUGGGCUAUGUCUGUCUACUUAAUUAUUUAAUCGUCGGUAAUGUCUUGUCUUCUAUUGAAUGGAGGGCCAAAUCUACUCUUUUUGAGGGACCG